ACAACUGCUAUGGCGGAACGCUCGGUGACAGCGGAGGGAUCUGAGGUGGGGACAACACAGAACCAUGGAGCCGAGCCUCUCCCUGGUCCUGGAGCCUUGACAGCGGCAGGAGCAGUAAAAUCAGGGCACCCAACUGCUCGUCGUGUAGCCAACCAAAUACCUGAUGAAAUCUCCCAGAAUCCUUUACUCCUGGAAGCCAUUUCUGUACUACCUCAAAACUAUAACUUUGAAAUUCCUAAGACAAUAUGGAGGAUUCAGCAAGCUGCAGCUAAAAGAGUUGCUUUACAGAUGCCGGAAGGGUUGCUGAUGUUUGCCUGCACUAUUUCUGAUAUCAUUGAAAGG